CCCGGGACUGGAAAGAAACAAAAUCCGCUUUGAAGCUUUCUGCAAUCAUGGAGUCUGUAAUCGCUUUUGGUUGACUUUUCCAAACCAUAUACUCAAUAUUAUAUAACUUUGUACCGCACAUCUCCAAAUCUUUGCCAGACUUUCUUCAAGAUCUUCACUCGACUUCUGUAACGCCUUUCUCACCAAACAACCAACCACCGCCGGCUCCGCCGUGGCUCGCCAUCGGAAAAUAAGCUGUAAAUGAAACAUCAUGUCAAAUAUUCCGACCUCUCUCUCUGAAGUGUGUCUCACUCUCUUCCGUCUCGCCAUGUCCGUCGCCGAUCCUUGGCCGUUCUCCUGAAGCUCCCACCAACAAAACACCACAAUUUCCUCCAUCUCCAGAAACCCUAAUUUUUCAAUCGAGCUCACCUCUUUUUUAAAUUCCUUCACUUUUUUCUAACAUGGGUAGAAUCCGAGGCUUCCUGCUCAAACACAGAGUAUUCAAGAUCUUCCGCCGGCGUUGCCGCUCCUCCGCCGCGUACCGGCGGCUCGAUUCACCUCUAUACGCCGGAGCAAAAGGUAAGCCCUUCUCAAGCCUGGUGAAAUGGAGUCGCCGCCUGAGGACGAAGGCGAAGGCGAUUCUUAGCAGCAGACCAGGGUCGGGCCGGGGAUACCUCCGGGUGGGUCAGGACCCGGGUCCGGGAAAACCCGACCAUAUACCGAAAGGGCAUAUGGCUGUUUACGUUGGGCAGAAAGACUGCGACUUCCAGCGGAUUCUGGUGCCUGUCGUCUACUUCAACCACCCGUUGUUCGGAGACCUUCUGAAGGAGUCCGAAAAGGAAUUCGGGUUCCACCAUCCGGGUGGGAUUACCAUACCCUGUCGGAUCUCGGAGUUUGAGCGUAUCCAGACCCGGAUCCAGUGCACCGCCCCUGCCCGGAAAAGAAGCGGUGGGUGGUUCGUGAUGCCGUGACAGAAAUCAUACGCAAACGAUGACGACGAUAAGGAAAAGCGUGUUUUUUUGUUUGUUGUUAAUAUAGAGUCGUGGUUAUAGUAAAUUAGCGAUUUUGGUACAUGCACUCCUGUCUUAGUAUCAUCAUGUAUUUCUGUGCUUUCCUAUGAUGUCGGAAUUGUUGAGGUGUGCAUUAGUAAUAAUUUGUAAAGAUGGUACUAGAAAUUUUCCAGAUUAGCAGUUAGUAAUUUUAAUCCAACUUUAUUACUUAGUCCACCAUUAUCAACAUUAAUUCAAAAUUAUUGUGAAUUAUGGGGCCGGGCCACAGAUAGAUCUGUGAUUGAGGCAAAGACAUGCUGCAGCGCAAUGAUAUAUGUUGUAAUUUGUUUGGCUUUUAAAAAUAAAUAAUGCUCCUCUUGCUUUAUCA